UACCGGUAUCUGCUGCGCUGCUGCCAGCAGCUGCCGACCAAGGGCAUCCAAGAGCAUUACAGACAUGCCGUGAGGCAGAGUUUCCGGGUUCACGCAGAUGAAGAUGACCCUGAAAGAAUCCGGCAGAUCAUUCAAAGAGCCAUCGAGGAUGCUGACUGGAUCAUGAGCAAAGUGAGCGCUCGGUUCCCCCAUGGCUGUAACCUCCAUGGCCACCAGGGGUCACCCUUGUCCCACAGCUGA